GUUGUUGUGGUUGUUGUGGUUGUUGUGGUUGUUUGAGCAGCGAUCGCCAUGGCAGACGCACCAUUUGGACACGACGGCCAAGCUUCCAUUCGCACCGUGCUUCGCGGUGGCAAGCUCAUCGAGCUGCGCGGGAAUGGGCCUGCGUCGUCAUCGUCUCAACAGCGUCAUCAAACACCGUCCACAGCCUCCUCAAGAGGGAGACCGUCCUCUGGAUCGCAGGGGCGGCGCUCAUCUGGGCCGGCCAUCAAUGUGCCAGAGAGUCUCCUGCAAGACAUGAGAGAAAACCCAAGAGCACUGGCCCUGUUUGAAUCUCUGCUGCAGAACUCGCAGCGCGACCUUCACGGCAAUCUCUUGCACGAGGCCGUCAUCAAGUGCCUGCGAAAAGCGCAGCUCGUGCUCAACCUUCCCCUCUUUCGGCAGUGGCUCGAGUCACUCGACACACGCCGCAACGGAACAAUAUCACUGACUGCGCUGCAAGGUGCGAUCGACGCUGCGAAGCGGGACGAGGCACCCCGGCCACGGGACGCGCUGCGAACACCACUGCAUCAUCAUAUAGCGACAUCGCACGUGGCCUCAACGGCGGCCAUACCCGCAACGUCUGCUGUGUACACCCCAUUCCUUCAGUCCUCAAAUGCAACACACCACCACCACCACCACCAGAACCACAACCAUCACCAUCAUCAGCACAAUCUUCAGCAGCAGCACCAACACGAUCAAGGGCGCCCAUCUCCACUGCGCAAGAUGCUGUCGCGAACAGGCGUCGUCUCCGCUGCCCCCAACAACAGCAGCAGCAGCAACAACAACAGCAACGCUGUGCUUACUGCGGCUCUCGUUCGCGCUCCACAAGCAGGAGGCGUCGGAGUGUUUUCCAAGUACGACAAAUUGCCACCCAUCUCCUCGACACCAGCUACGGUGAAUGUCGACACGCGCUCAUCCGACACUACCGCUGCAGCCCCAUCUCCGACCCUUGCUCGACCAUCUGAGCAGCAGCAAGCCCACCACCAGCCCGAGUACCAUCGACGAGAAGAGCAUCAGCAUCAUUCACAAACGCAAUUGCAAUUGCAGCCGCAACAGCAACAUCAGCAGCAGCAGCAGCAGCAGCAGCAGCAGCAGCAAAACCACAGUUAUCGCCAACAAGAGCAGCAUCAGCCAUCGUUCCAAGCCAGACCGCGGUCCCCUCCUGUGUCACAGCAGCAUCCCCAGAGGCUGGUGCGGAGCGCAACUGACUUGAGCGAGUGGAUGCAUGGCUUUGAUGCCAUGAACCGAGCUAUGCUGGCACAGCAAGAUGACAAGGGCCACAUUGCAUCGGCGGAGGCAGCCCGCAUCAUCUCAAACUUUGACCUCAUUUACAGACUCCACCUGCCAAAGCGAACGGUGGUGGACCUCAUUCAGCAACUGGAGACGCAGGAUUUCUCGCUGCAUGUGCAGGACUACUGCCGCGCCUUACUUGGGUCCUUACAGCAACAAACCUCCAAGCAGCAACACCAGCAACACCAGCAAGCGCCACCGCAGCGCUAUGCAUAACAUGGCACCAUGGAGGUAUGCACUGUUUUGUACAUACUCUACUACUUCCUGACCCGGUUGUUUCCAUGUCAGUUGUACAUUCAGCGCACGCCUGUCGUAGCUGCCACAGCACACACACA